AUGGGGGGUUGCACCGUGAAGCCUCGGCUGCUGUUGCUGGCUCUCGUCCUUCAGCCCUGGAGUCCCUGCUUAGGUGCAGACUCGGAGAAGCCCGCCAGCAUUCCCACAGAUAAAUUAUUAGUUAUAACUGUAGCAACAAGAGAAAGUGAUGGAUUUCAUCGGUUCAUGCAGUCAGCCAAAUACUUCAAUUAUACUGUGAAGGUCCUUGGUCAAGGAGAAGAAUGGAGAGGUGGCGAUGGAAUUAAUAGCAUUGGAGGAGGCCAAAAAGUAAGAUUAAUGAAAGAAGUUAUGGAACAUUAUGCCAGUCAGGAGGAUCUGAUUGUCUUGUUUACUGAAUGCUUUGAUGUCAUAUUUGCUGGCAGUCCAGAAGAAGUUCUAAAAAAGUUCCAAAAGUCAAACCACAAAGUGGUCUUUGCAGCAGAUGGAAUUUUGUGGCCAGACAAAAGAUUAGCAGACAAGUAUCCUGUUGUACACAUUGGGAAACGCUACUUGAAUUCCGGAGGAUUUAUUGGUUAUGCUCCAUAUAUCAACCGUAUAGUUCAACAGUGGAACCUACAGGAUAAUGAUGAUGAUCAGCUAUUUUAUACUAAAAUUUACAUUGAUCCACUGAAGAGGGAAGCUCUUAACAUCACAUUGGAUCACAAAUGCAAAAUUUUUCAGACUUUAAAUGGAGCUGUAGAUGAAGUUGUUCUGAAAUUUGAAAAUGGCAAAGCCAGGGCUAAGAAUGUAUUUUAUGAAACAUUACCAGUGGCAAUUAAUGGAAAUGGACCCACCAAGAUUCUCCUGAACUAUUUCGGAAACUAUGUACCUAAUGCAUGGACACAAGACAGUGGCUGCACUCUUUGUGAAUUGGAUACAAUUGACUUAUCUGCAGUAAAUGUCUAUCCAAAUGUAACAGUAGGUGUUUUUAUUGAGCAACCAACCCCAUUUCUACCUCGAUUUCUGGACAUACUUUUGACACUGGAUUACCCAAAAGAAGCACUUAAAGUCUUUAUUCAUAACAAAGAAGUUUAUCAUGAAAAGCACAUCAAGGUAUUUUUUGAUAAAGCUAAACAUGAAAUCAGUACUAUAAAAAUAGUAGGACCAGAAGAAAAUCUGAGUCAAGCCGAAGCCAGAAACAUGGGAAUGGAUUUUUGCCGUCAGGAUGACAGCUGUGAUUAUUACUUCAGUGUGGAUGCAGAUGUUGUUUUGACAAAUCCAAGAACUUUAAAAAUUUUGAUUGAACAAAACAGAAAGAUAAUUGCUCCUCUUGUAACUCGCCAUGGAAAGCUGUGGUCCAACUUCUGGGGAGCCCUGAGUCCUGAUGGCUAUUUUGCUCGAUAUGAAGAUUAUGUGGAUAUUGUUCAAGGGAAUAGAGUAGGGUUAUGGAAUGUCCCAUACGUGGCUAAUGUGUACUUAAUUAAAGGGAAGACACUUCGAUCAGAGAUGAAUGAAAGGAACUAUUUUGUUCGUGAUAGACUGGAUCCUGACAUGGCUCUUUGCCGAAAUGCUAGAGAAAUGACUUUGCAAAGGGAAAAAGACUCCCCUACUCCGGAAACAUUCCAAAUGCUCAGCCCCCCAAAGGGUGUAUUUAUGUACAUUUCUAAUAGACACGAAUUUGGAAGACUAUUAUCAACUGCAAAUUACAAUACUUCCCAUUAUAACAAUGACCUCUGGCAGAUUUUUGAAAAUCCUGUGGACUGGAAGGAAAAGUAUAUAAACCAUGAUUAUUCAAAGAUUUUCACUGAAAAUAUAGUUGAACAGCCUUGUCCAGAUGUCUUUUGGUUUCCCAUAUUUUCUGAAAAAGCCUGUGAUGAGUUGGUGGAAGAAAUGGAGCAUUAUGGCCAGUGGUCUGGAGGGAAGCAUCAUGAUAGCCGUAUAUCUGGUGGUUAUGAAAAUGUCCCAACUGAUGAUAUCCACAUGAAGCAAAUUGAUCUGGAGAAUGUUUGGCUUCAUUUUAUCCGGGAGUUUAUUGCACCAGUUACACUGAAGGUCUUUGCAGGCUAUUAUACAAAGGGAUUUGCAUUAUUGAAUUUUGUGGUAAAAUAUUCUCCGGACAGACAGCGUUCUCUUCGUCCUCAUCACGAUGCUUCUACGUUUACCAUCAACAUUGCACUCAAUAAUGUGGGAGAAGAUUUCCAGGGAGGUGGAUGCAAAUUUCUACGAUACAAUUGCUCUAUUGAAUCACCGAGAAAAGGCUGGAGCUUUAUGCACCCAGGGAGACUCACACAUCUACAUGAAGGACUUCCUGUUAAAAAUGGAACAAGAUACAUUGCAGUGUCUUUUAUAGAUCCCUAA